AUGGCCCAUUCACCCUCAUCGCCACGUUCUAGAGCGUCUUCUUCAGGCUCUUCAACUUCUUUACGCGCUCUCGAAUUCUCCGAAGGUGCCCAGCGCGCUCCUCACACGCCAACACACGGCUUUGGUCCCUCUCUCGGCCACAGACCGCGUCUCCUCAGCGUCAGUACACCCACGACAUUUGCAUUCGACUUUCAGGGAGAUCUCUUGCCCAUCUCGCUCAGCGAAUCCGCCGGCGAGAGCACUCACGUCGCGGAGAAGACGAUUGGGCUCGUCAAUGGCGUCGCAUUAGUCGUUGGCAACCAGAUUGGCUCGGGAAUCUUCUCUUCUCCUGGCGUCGUACUCGCAGAUUCAGGCUCUGUAGGCGCUAGUUUAAUGGUCUGGGUCGUCAGCGGUAUCCUAGCAUGGACAGGAGCAAGCUCUUUUGCAGAACUGGGCUCUGCAAUACCACUAAGUGGUGGUGCACAGGCAUAUCUCGCAUACGCAUAUCAUCCCAUCGUGUCUUAUUUAUUCUCAUGGACAGCAAUCUCCGUCCUAAAGCCUGGCUCAAAUGCCAUUAUCGCCCUUAUUUUUGGAGAAUACCUCAACAGGCUCUUCUUUCAUGCCACUUCGGCAGCCGCCAGCCCAGACAGUCUCCCAGACUGGGCAAACAAAUUGAUGGGAUGCAUCGCCGUCAUCAUUGUAUCAGUAUUAUGCGUCGCAACCCCAAGAUUAGCCACGCGUGUGGCUGUUUUAUUCACGUCUGUAAAGAUUGCCGCUUUGAUUGCUGUAGCUGUCAUGGGAUUCAUCACGCUCGCACGUGGUAAGAUAUCUUCGUCGUUCAGGGAGCCACUGUACGAGGGCACAUCGCCCAACCCGAGCGCAUACGCACUCGCUCUCUUUUCUGGUUUAUGGGCGUAUGAAGGAUGGGAUCAAGCCAACUACAUUACCGGCGAGAUGAAGGACCCUGCAAAGAACAUGCCAAGAGUUAUCCACAGCAGCAUGACCACCGUAACGCUCCUCUUUCUAUUUGCCAACGUAUCCUACUUUCUCGUACUCGACAAGGACACGGUAUCACGAAGUAACACGAUUGCACUCGACUUUGGCCGAGCCCUGUUUGGACCAGCAGGUGCAAUCAUCUUUGCAUGCAUGGUAGCCGUCUCGUGCUUUGGCGCUCUCAAUGGAGCAUUCUUCACCUCGUCUCGUCUCAUCUGUGCAGCUGGUCGUGAAGGCUUUUUACCUGAACUCUUUGGUCAUUUGCACCCCGUCCGUAAAACGCCACUCAAUGCGACCAUUCUACAAGCCGUCCUCACCCUCUUCUUUGUCAUCUUUGGCGGCGGAUUUAGGUCUCUUGUCAAUUUUUAUUCGGUGGCUAGUUGGGGUUUCUACUUCUUGACCGUCCUGGGCCUCGUUGUCCUCCGAAUCAAAGAACCUUUUCUAGAACGACCCUAUAGGACGUAUAUUACGACCCCACUCAUCUUUUGCGGCGUCGCGCUGUUCCUACUCUCAAUGCCCAUAGUUGCAGCGCCAUUGGAAGCUCUCUCAGCAAUCGGGUUCAUCGCGGCCGGUGUCCCGGUGUACUUUCUCACACAAUCCAAAUGGGCAAAUCAGCCAGACGGGUUCGUGUCGCGCGUCAAGGGCUGGAUCGCCACUGCCUGGGCGUUCUCUCUCGAUAGGAGUAGUCAGCUUGGUCGUGGCGGGUGGACGCGGCUUGCGACAGAAGGCGAUCCGGAUGAAGUCGAGAUGCAUGCUGCACCACGAUGA